AUGGACGUCCCCAUCCUCGACCCUCCGCCGCCCUCCCUCAUUUCUUCCCUUCGCACCGUCCCCUCUCUCGUAGUACUCUUGCUUCCGCUCAUCUUUGCUGUCCCGCCAUUCUCCUUGCUGCGCGACUUUCUGUCCCCCUUCUUCUCAGACUUUGUCACUCUCCGCUCCCUGGUCCCUGCUGGACCUGCUACAGCUGACCAGAAGUUCGAUCAAGCUGUCCGGCAGCCCAGGGGAUGGAAGGCAAACGUGUUGACCGUAGUGGCGCUUGUGGAAGCUGUGGCUUGGUCAGGGAUUACCGGGUGGAAGAUCCUCAACGUGGCCGACGGACAAGGCGGCACCGUGCAUGAUACUCUUGCCUCGGCUGGUAUGAUCAUCGUAUGGCUCGCCAUUCUUUUCCAAUUCACGUUCAGACCCCUCACCACCCCGCCAUGGGCAGUGGUCAUUGCUACCAGCGUCCUCUGGGUCACCUCUGUCUGGUCUGUCACGCAGGCUUGGUAUAUUCAGGCUGUCUCGGGGUCUUUGCCAUUCUGGGCACCAUGGUCUGUCCUUGGACUUGAGCUUGCCAACAUUGUCUCGACCUCUCUCGUCCUCGCCAUCCUUGCAAGUCUCAAACUCGCUUCUCCGGAGGUCCUUUCUCGACUGCCAAUUGUCGCGCCGGAUGACAAUGUCUCCCUCUUCUCAUGGAUCACCUUCAGCUGGGUCGACUCCUUCAUCGAAUAUGGCAACACACAUGAACUCGAGGUCGCUGAUCUCCCUCCGCUUUCAAUGACCCAACAGACUUUCAUUGUCUUUGAGAAAUUCAGACAGGUCAAGGCGAGCAAAUUGAUCUGGAAGAUGAUGUUGGCAAACAGGUUGGAUCUGGUGAUGGAUGCGAGUUUGACGCUGGUGUCGGUUAUCCUCAAUUAUGCGGGCCCAUACUUCCUGAAGAGGAUCUUGGAAGGACUGGGCUCCAAGUCAAAGGAAGCAAUGUCUAGAGCUUACGUCUACGCCCUUUUCGCGCUUCUCGCAUCUGUCUUCAAGGCGUUGACUGAUCUGCUGCAUCUGUGGAAUGGCCGCCGAGGAGCUGUCCGUCUCAAGGCCGAAUUGACUGCUGCUGUCUACGACAAGGCGCUCCGCCGCAAGGAUGCUUCAGGUGUUGUGACCAAGAGUGAUGAUGAAAAGGACGACAAGAAGGAUGGCAAGGAAAGCAAGAUGAGCAAUGCGGAUAGUGGAAAGGUUGUCAACCUCAUGUCUGGCGACACGACGCGGAUCAGCAACACUUUCAGCAGUGCCUAUUUCAUUUACAGCGCACCCUUUGAGAUCGUUGUGGCUUCGUUCUUCCUCUACAGCCUUCUUGGGUGGUCCGCGUUUGCCGGUAUCGUUGUUUUGAUUGUCGCUGUCCCUCUCAACUCUUUCGUCUCCAAGCGAAGCGUCAAGAUCACUCAAGACCUCCUGAAAGCAAGAGACAAGCGUAUCGGCGUCAUGAACGAGCUUAUUGGCGCUAUCCAAUUUAUCAAAUUCUUCGCCUGGAUUGAACAAUGGAAGAACAGGGCGUCGACUGCGCGGGCGGAUGAAAUGAAGCAGAUGAUUCGAUCUCUUGUAAACGGUAUCUGGUUUUCUCUGCUGUGGUCUCUUGCGCCCAUCCUGGUGACGCUUGUCUCGUUCUUCUGCUACAUUGUCAUCGAAAAGCGAGAAUUGACUGUCUCUGUGGCUUUCACCGCCAUCUCACUUUUCACUAUGCUUCGACUGCCCUUGAAUAUUAUUCCUACUUAUGUGGUCGUGCUAUUGCAAUCGUUGGUGUCAGUCAAGCGCAUUGAAGACUUUUUGGAAGAGGAUGAAGUGCCAGAUUGGGUUUCGUCCCUCAAACGCUCUGGUGAUGCCAGGGAGACCCAGGUCACUCGCAUCGGAUUCGAAAAUGCCACCUUCCGAUGGAACAGUGGCAAGCAAAGCGAACCUUCCGAGUCCAAGCCUCUUCCUGCUGCCGAUUCGCUCGACCGAAGUAUCCUCACAGACGAGAGCACCGUUGUCGAAGACUCCUUCUUCACCUUGUCCGACCUCAACAUCGACUUUCCCCUCGGUAAACUCAGUGUUAUUACUGGGCCUACUGGGUGUGGUAAAUCUGCGCUCUUGACGGCUUUGCUUGGUGAGAUGGAACUGCUCGAUGGAAAGUCAUAUCUCCCCAAGUAUACUACCCAGGUGGAUGCCGAGACGGGUCUGAAGAACUCUAUCGCGUACGCCGCUCAAACACCGUGGUUGCAACAGAUGUCUAUCAAGAACAACAUUCUUUUUGGAGAACCUUUCCACGAGGAAAGAUAUGAAAUGGUUUUGGACGCUUGUGCUCUCAACCCCGAUCUAGAUAUCCUUGAGGAUGGCGAUAUGACAGAGAUCGGAGCGAAGGGUGUCUCUCUGAGUGGUGGUCAGAAGGCUCGAGUAGCUCUUGCUCGUGCCGUGUACUCUUACACCAAGCAUCUUCUCUUGGAUGACCCUCUUGCCGCUGUCGACUCGCACACUGCCAAGCACCUCACGGACAAGUGUCUCAAUGGACCUAUCCUUCAAGGCCGUACAGUAAUUUUGGUUUCGCACCAUGUCGAGCUCCUACUUUCCUCUACCGAUUACCUAGUCAGGAUCCUCGACGGCCGCGUCGACUCCCAAGGUUCACCCAAAAGGCUCCGAGAAAGCGGUUCUCUGCAGGGUCUUGUGGCCAUUAGCGACGCCGAGCUUCACGCCGAGGAGAGCAAGGGCAAGGGCAAGGCGAAGGCUGUGGACGAGCAGGAGAUCGUCGAGGGCGAAGAUGCGGAGCAAAAGCAGGAGGUCAAGAAGGAAAAGAGGAAGGGUCCGGGGAAGAAGCUUGUGCAAGCAGAUGAGGAAAGGGCGAUCGGUAAUGUCAAGUGGGAGACCUACAAGCUCUAUAUCGUUGCUGCGACCUACACUACGUGGGCUUGGACUAUCGUCGUUCUCUUACUAGGCCAAAUAUUCACCGUCCUGGAACGAUAUUGGCUCAAGGUUUGGGGCGAAGCCUACACGUCGGUGUCUUUGCAAACCAUUUGGACAAUGCACAAGCCCGCCGUUCAUGACUACGCUGGUACCUUCUUCAACACCGACCUUCACCAACACGUUUUGCACCAUGUUCCGGCCAACGAACUGAUCCGAAACACAACUAUGGUCGCUGAAGUCGGCGCGAUGGGACUCAAGUCCCAUCAUCCGCCUGCCGAAACACAUCCCACUUUCUACCUCGUUGUCUAUACCGCCAUUGUGCUCGGCGCAGCUCUACUGGGUGUGGCUUCCAGUGGUAUUGGAGCUUGGAGCUCUUACAGGGCUGCGGUCACUCUCCACGAUCGUCUUUUGGACCGGGUCAUGCGAGCAACUGUCCGUUUCUUCAACGUCACCCCUGUCGGCCGCAUCAUCAAUCGCUUCUCUAGAGACGUAGAAGUCGUCGACUCUUAUCUAAACGGCGCUCUGAGGACGGUUAUGCUAUACCUUGCCAGCUUGAUUGGAGCUAUUGGUGUCGUGGCUUUCAUUGUUCCCUGGUUCCUCGUCCCAGCGGCUAUAAUCAGCUACUUGUACUAUCAGUAUUCCCUCCUCUACCUUAGAGUCGGUCGAAGCUUGAGGCGAUUGGAAGCGACUCUCAAAUCUCCGAUCUUCUCCGGCUUCGCUGAGCUUUUGGAUGGUGUCAUCUCGGUUCGAGCAUUUUCUGCGGAGACCCGGUUCAUGACUCAACUUUGUCAACAAGUUGACCAGACCAAUCAAGCUUUCUACUACUACUGGAUGAUGAACCGAUGGCUUCUUCUUCGUUUCGACUUCCUCGGCGCUAUUUCUGUCGCAUUGACCACUCUUCUCGCUCUGAGUGGAGCUGUACCCGCGGGAUCUGCUGGUAUGGCCAUCGUGUCUGCCCAAUCAUUUGUCUCUGCGUGUUAUUGGGUUUCGCGCUUCUGGGGCCAGCUGGAGAUGGAUUUCAACUCUGUUGAGCGGGUUCAGGAAUAUCUCUCGCUCCCUCAAGAACCCCCAGGGGUGAUCGAGAACAGCCGACCACCAGCAUAUUGGCCCUCCAAUAGCGGCUCGUCCGACUUCAUCAGCGUACGAGAAGUUGAAAUCAAGUACGCUCCUGACCUUCCUACGGUGUUUAAGGGGUCUUUCGAUAUCAAGGCUGGGGAGAAGAUCGGACUGAUUGGACGUACGGGGAGUGGAAAGUCAACGCUGGGCAUGAGUCUUUUGAGGUUUACCGAUCCUCCUUCGGGAAGCAUCUGGCUGGACGGAAUUGAUAUCACCAAGAUCGGAGUGGACGAUUUGCGUUCUCGCAUCACCUAUAUUCCGCAAGACGCAGUCCUCUUCUCCGGCACUGUACGCGAAAACCUCGAUCCGUUCGAGGAGUACACCGACUCCGCCCUCUACGAUGCACUUACCCGGGUCAACCUUGCUCAGGAUGCCACUCCUUUGGCAAGUCGAGCGCCCAGCCGGGUCCCAUCUAGUCGACGACUGGACGCUAUUGCUGCCGAAGAGACUGGGGCUCCGUCAUCUGCCGCUUCAGCUCUGGGCUCGGCGGUCAGCUCUGCAGGUGGCAGCAAGACUUCCAUCACCCUCACUACAGCAGUUUCUGCCGGCGGUAGCAACUUCUCCCAGGGGCAGAGACAGUUGAUAGCCAUGGCCAGAGCUCUCUUGAGACGCUCAAACCUCAUCAUCAUGGACGAAGCGACUGCCUCCGUGGAUUUUGCAACAGACGAGGCGAUACAGACUGCCAUUCGCUCCGAGUUCAAGGAAUCGACCUUGCUUACUAUCGCGCAUCGUCUUUCAUCCGUCAUCGACUACGAUAGACUAUUGGUACUCUCUGAUGGUAGUAUCGCCGAGUUUGAUACGCCGAUCAAUCUUUUGCGGAAAGAUGGGUCGCUGUUCAAGUCACUAUGUGAAAAGUCAGGCAAAUAUAAAGAGCUCUAUAGCGCGGCUGAAAAGAAGGAGGCGGAAUCCAAAGCAUAA